AUGUUUGUCCGCAACGUCUUCGUCCUCGUCGCCCUCGCCCUCACUGUGUCCGCGCUGUCGGUCCCCCACGUCGCCCGCAACCCCCAUCACCAUAGAGCCGUCGCUGUCCGCCACGCUGCCCCAGAGCCCGUGGCACAGCCCGAGAACGUCGUCGUUAAGCCCAAGCGCAAGAGGAGCCUCAACAAGCGCUGCCUUCCCAGCUCUAACUCGACUGCUACUCCUUCCAUUGCGCCAACCACGUCUGCCAACGCGACUGCUUAUACGUCGUCGAUUCCUAGCAGUGCUCCUGCAACGUCAGUACCUGUUUCCACCACCGAUACCCCGCUUCCUUCAAUUCCUACUACUUCGGCGCUCACUACCACUGGUAUUGACUCGACUCCCGUUUCUUCCCCGGUCUCUAGCAGCAGCCCCACUACGUCGUCCUCGCCCCCUCCUCCCCCUCCCACUACACAGGCUCCUCCGAGUACCCCCUCUUCAUCGCCCGUGGAAGCUCCUACCACUUCCUCUACACCUCCCCCCCCUCCUCCUCCGCCCACUACCUCGGACACGCCGACACCCACCCCCACGCCGACUCCUACGCCGACGCCCUCUCCCACUUAUACACCUACGACUACUGCGGCUGCCCCCCCGAGCGGGCCGACCUGGCUGACUGCCACGAACACCGGUGACGCGACCUACUACGCCGCUGGCCUUGGCGCUUGUGGCAUCACUAACACCGACUCGGACUACAUUGUUGCGGUUUCUUGGGACCUAUUCGACAACUAUCCUGGCUAUGAUGGCACCAAUCCCAACACUAACCCUGUCUGCGGCAAGCAAAUCACGGCUUCAUAUGGUGGGGCUGAUGUUACUGUCACUGUCACCGAUCGUUGCACGGGCUGUGACACGACUAGCCUUGACUUCACUCCUACUGCUUUCCAAGUCCUGUCGCCUCUCGCAGUGGGCCGUCUUUACACCAUGACGUGGAAGUUCACAUAA